AUGCCACGACCCCGAGUGUCUCGGCCGGCACGAACGCGCCCAACCCAAGCAGCAAACCCCAGUGCUACAGCAGUAACAGCACCAGCACCAGAGUCAGCGUCUACGGUUGCGCUCCAAGCCAACGCGCCCAGCUCUGAUAUUUACGAUGUGAGCGACCGCGAGAAAGAGAAAGCUGCUACGAGGCGCAAGUCGUUACGCAAUGGCACGUCACUGCGCAACAGCCGCACUACCUCUACAGAAGCAAUACAUCAACAAAAAGAGCUGGAGAAGACAAGACAAAGACGUGAUGAAGCUAUGGAAAGACUCGAGAAUAUCACAUCAACAGCUAGCUCCGCUAAAGAAGAGGACGUCAUUCCCAGCACAAAUGAUUCUGUUGACGCAAGUCAAGGCGUAGUAAAAGCGACACCACCGCGCCGCAGGCCUACGGAUAUAACUGGCUUGGAUUUGGAUGACUCUAUGUUCAAUGAUCUCGAUACUACCUUGGAUACAGUGGGACAUGCAAGUGCCCAGCGAUCCGCCGAGACAUCGACUCUGUCUGUUUCCCAAUUCAGACGACGACCGCGCGCUGGCAGCUUUUUGAGUCGCGAUGAUGGACCAAUUCGCCCUAGUAGUAGGGCGGGUCCUAAUACUCCCGCCUUUAGCUCCACCCUCAACUUCGGCCAGUUUAAGAGAAGGGCGAGGGAACCCAGCAUUCUCAGUACUGCCCAGAAGCCAAGGCCACAGCGUCCCGAACCCGAGCGGGAGCUGGAGGAUGAGGAUGAAGAUGAGGAAGAUGAGGAGGAAGAUGAAGAUGGCAUUGCAGAGGAUGGGUUUGCGCCAGAGGCCGAAUCUACACCCCUGCGACGCUCUAAGAGAAGUUCCGGUGGCGAGGCGCUUGUGCAGUCAACUUCGAGUGCAAAAUCACGCAAGAGAAAGUCUGCAGAGGGUCACGAGCGACGUCUUCGAUCGUCUCCUUUUGAAGUUCAAGAUGAGAUUCGCCAAUCAAUUGAGCAGCCAGCUUCAGACGAAGACUCUCCGUUAUCAUUGCCACAGCAUGCACCUUCGACACCAAUUCCGCCAAUGGACCCGGAGCUGAUGGCCCCUCCUCUCAGCAGUGACUCUUCGGAAAGUGAUGAAGAGCUUUGGCCCCCUCUACAAUCUAUACCAAAAGCACGCACGCGACAGGCAACUUCAGUACUACGACGAACGCCAGUCCAAGAUGAUAGUGCCUCAGAUAUGUCAUCACCGCCUUCACUUACACAUUCUCCCAAUUAUGCCCAUUCAUCUUCGCCACCACCCACGCGAGUCGCUCAACCGAAACGCAAAGCAUCGGCACCCAAGCCACCGCGUAAAUUGACCACAGCUGAGCUCGCGGGGCUACUACCCCGUCGUCGACGUAGAGGUACCGGUGAUGAUCCUUUCAACAUAGAUGCGGAUGAAUCAGAACCUGAAGUUGAUAUUUCCGGAUUGGGUGCCCGUGAAGAUGAGCUCGGAACCUUAGACGUCCGUAUGAGACGUCGCCCGAACACCCGGGUAAACACCCAAAAUAGAGCUACUACAAGAACACGAACUCCAACCCGCAAUAAGGAUAAAGAAGCUUCCGGUCCUAAUAAACGUAUAUCUAGGACGUAUGGUCGAUUAUCAGACAAAGAGAAUGAAAAUGAGAACGAAAAUGAAGAGGAGGAUGAGGGUGAAAAUGACAGCAACUCUGUCGCCGAUCUGGCCGUGGAGAGCAGUCAGAUGCUAGUGGAGAGAUUAGGCGAAGAGCUCAAGACCGCCGUGCGCAAGUUUCAGGAGGUGGACAAGUGGGAGCUCUCAUUCGAGGAGAGAACGCGAAGUAGUUCACCCGUGGAUGCUCGGUGA